AUGGACAAGAAUCUUCAGGAAGAAUUGGAGACCAGAAAGCUUCUACUGGAUAGACAGGUUAUUCAGAGCAGUGGCAUUAAAGCUGUGAAUGAAGUUAAUGAAACCUAUGCAGAAGACUCGGCAAGAUUGGAGGCAUGUGAUCUGGAUGAUGAUGAUGAUGAUGAUGAUGAUGAUGAUGAGCACCCGGACAGUUUUGCUAGGAAGCUGGGGUUGGGAACUCAACAAAUUAGAGAAAUCAAUAAGAAAGUGCAGGAAGAGAUGGGGUUGGAAGCUGAGAUGAAGAGAGAAGAAGAUGAUUUCAAUAAGGAUAAUGCAGACCCUGACUUGUCUGCAAUGGAGGAAGAUGAUGUUGCAAAACUACAUAAUAAAGCAGUGGUCCAGCUUUGUGAUGGAGAUGAGAAGCCUGAGACUGUGGAAAACAAGAAGGAGAAGUUGGGAACCUAG